GAGUCUGGCUUUUUCACCCAGGCUGGAGUGCAGUGGCUCAAUCUCGGCUCACUGCAAGCUCCGCCUCCCGAGUUCACGCCAUUCUCCUGCCUCAGCAUCUCCGAGUAGCUGGGACUACAGGCGCCCGCCACCACGCCCGGCUAAUUUUUUGUAUUUUUAGUAGAGACAGGGUUUCACCAUGGUCUCGAUCUCCUGACCUCGUGAUCCGCCCACCUCGGCCUCCCAAAGUGCUGGGAUUACAAGCGUGAGCCACCGCGCCCGGCCUCUCCGAGCAAUUUUAUUUUGAUUCUUGGUGGCUGGUAAUAUGCUUAGAUCCUGUUGACUAUUUCAACUUUGUCUCAUUUCUUCAUCCUAUCAACACAGACAUAUUGACUGGCUUUUAACUACUGGAUUUCCUUGGGAGAUAAAAUUUAGAUCACAUUUUUUCUUAAGCUCCAGAUGUCUUUUCCAUUACUAUGGUGAAGUUACAUUGACUGUUCUGAGGAAAUAAUUGAAUUAUUGAACUGGUAUUAUUUCCUUUUAUUCUUUUACUUUGGUGUCUGCGUUUGUAUGUAUGGAAGGUUUUUUAAUGUAGUAAAUCCAUACAUAAAAAUAACUUGAUUUUGAUUCAGUGCUUCUCAAAAAGCUAUUUUCAAAUGUGCUAAAGAUGUCUACAGAUUUAUUCAAAUAGAGUAGUUUGUGAAUAUAUAAAUAGAUUGAAGGUAUUUGGACUUUAAUUAAACAGAUUUAGCUAGUAUCCUUCUGGCUAUUUUUUUGUUCAUUUUCAGUGUACUUGGGAGUCAUAGAUUCCUUCUUUCUUUCUUUUUUUUUUUUUUUUUUUUUUUUUUUUGAGACGGAGUGCCGCUGUGUCCCCCAGGCUGGAAUGCAGUGGCGCGAUCUCAGCUCACUGCAAGCUCCGUCUCCUGGGUUCACGCCAUUCUCCUGCCUCAGCCUCCCGAGUAGCUGGGACUACAGGCGCCCGCCAACAUGCCUGGCUAAUUUUUUGUAUUUUUAGUAGAAACGGGGUUUCACCGUGUUAGCCAAGAUGGUCUCGAUCUCCUGACCUCGUGAUCCGCCCGUCUCGGCCUCCCAAAGUGCUGGGAUUACAGGCGUGAGCCACCGCGCCCGGCCCUUCUUUCUUUCUUUAUAAGGUCAUUCUUAUGGCAAAUAGUACAUUCAGUUCUUUUAUUCAGACCAACUUGUUAUUGAAGCUUGAUAUGCCUGACAUACAUGUUACCUGAAGCAAUGUCUAGGAAAGCCAAAUGAGGAAAGGAGACUUAUCUAGGGUUUUUGAUCACAGGAAUCAUUUCCAUAAUCAAUUCAGUCAACACUCUCACAUUACUUCUAGGUAAUUACUUGCAUAUUUAUGUUCCCUUUCAAGUUUAGUUUUCUCAUUUAGGAAUUUACCUUAUGUCAUUAGUUGUAAACUGACUAUCUAGGGCUCGGACAAAAAUAAUUUCAACUGUAGGAAAGGCAAGUAUUCCAACAGAUGCCUACAUUUUUCUUGAAGUCAAGAAAAAUGUUCGGGUAUUUUGAGCAUCUAGGGAUAGGAUUUAUAAUUGUGGAAUUCCAAACUGAGAAAAAUGAUGUAAGUCAUUAUACUUUGACUGGAAUUAGUUAAAUAAAAAGGAUAUGAGGUAUUUGGCUGGGAAAAGGAGAUUGUUCCAUAUUAUAAAACCUCAUCUAAACUGACUUCCCAAGAUCUUGGAGAACAAAAAGGAAGGGUUGGCUUUGAAAUGUGAUAUUAAGGAGGUUAUGUUGAUUUGGAGGUAGUGAUAAAGUUCUGUUAAGGUAUAACAUAUAGUCCCAUUAAAUAGAGGAUAAAAAUAAAACACCAUCACAUUUCAUGUUAUUAAUUCCUAUGGCAACCUACUAGGCCAUACCUUUAUAUUCUCUUUAUGAUGAAAGCAUGAAACACUUAAUAAUCCUUUUCAGAAACUUCUUUUAUAAGUGAUAAGAAGGGUUUGGCUAACUUUAUUCUGAAUAUGCCCUAUAUAGCUUUCGGUGUUCCUCCAGUUUUCUCUGAUAAAACUAGGAGGAAAAUUACCUGCACAUCAGAUUGAAAAUAAUACUGCGUAUCAUUUCAUAGUGGUCAAAAUUUUCCCAUACCACUUGAUGGGGGUGUUUUCCCACAUGGUUUUUGUUCUACAUCAGAAGAGAAGACUUUGCCUAGUUCUUCCAAUAUGUGCAUUGCUUCUGCUUGGAAAAAACCAAACUUUUAACUUCUCUUUACUGGGUUAAUGACUCCCAUCUCUAAGGAAUCUUCUUUGGUAGUAAAUACUGGAAAAUAGUCACUACCAAAACUCAUAAAAUGUCUAGUUUCCUACACAUUAGUCCAACACAUCUGUCUAAAUUCUAAAUCCCAUUGAAUUAGCAAAGGCUUCUGGCUGCAGUUUUCUAAAUAGACUCAGAGCCCCGCUGUUGGCCAAUGUGCUGCAAGAACUGGAGCCUGGGAUCUACCGGGAUGAUAUUCUGUUCAGUCACAGAAGCAAGUCGGAGAGUGGCCAAGACUUGGGCUUUCUGCUCCUGCAAAUCUGAUUCCAUAUGGAUUGGGGUGCCCUCAAACUGGGAGCAUUGAGUUUUCUAUGUGUGGAAGUAAAUAUUUUAAAAGCACUUUGUGAAACAUUUUCUCUUAACGUUGGAGACUGCAGCAACGCACGGGAAGGAUGGGAAACAGGGUGAAGCAGAGAAGCAGGACCUGGGGGCAGCAAGCACUCUUCCCUUUCCUGCUGCCUUUGUUCUGCGGGGCGCCCUCGGAGCAGAUCCGCUACUCUAUUCCAGAAGAAACGGUCCAGGGCUCCGUGGUGAAGAACCUUGCUGAGGACAUGGGGCUGCAUGUUCAGGAUUUAUUGACCUGAAACCUUAGAGUUAGUGCAGAGAAACAAUACUUUACUGUGAACACGGAGAAUGGGAACAUACUUGUGAGCGACAGAAUAGAUCGAGAGUGACUCUGUCCUCAAAAUCCUCUGUGUCGUACCCUUAGAGAUUGUAGCAGAGAAUCCUCUAAAUGUUUUUCACAUAAAUGUGAUGAUAGAAGAUAUAAAUGAUAAUCCACCUCAUUUUCCCCAAAAUAGCAUUGUUUUACAAAUCAAUGAACUAGCAAUUCCAGGCAUUCGGUUUGGCCUGGAAUCUGCUAUAGAUGCAGAUGUAGGGCCUCACUCUCUCCAGAGUUACCAGCUCAGUUCUAAUGAACAUUUCUGUCUGAUGAUGGACAAGACUAAAGGCAAGAAUGCUCCAGAAUUACUGCUGGAGAAGCCCCUGGACCAGGAGCAACAGAGCUCUCAUCUCCUAGUCCUGAAAGCAAUGGACGUGGGUGACCCAGUCCUAACUGGCACUGCUGCAAUUCAAAUUGAGGUCACUGAUGCCAACGAUAAUGCCCCAGUUUUUAGCCAGGAUGUAUACAAAGUCAGCCUUAGAGAGAAUGUGCCCCCAGGCACCUCUGUACUAAAGGCGACAGCCACUGACCAGGAUGAGGGUGUCAAUGCGGAGAUCACUUACUCUUUCAAAUCCCUACGAGAUGAUAUUGGAAAUAUGUUUGUGCUAGACCAUCAAAAUGGGGAAAUUAAAUCCAAAGACUUAAUAGACUUCGAAAUUCAUAGCAGUUAUACCAUGAGCAUAGAAGCUAAGGAUGGUGGAGGCAUGACCAGUGAAUGUAAAAUUAUACUAGCAAUCCUAGAUGAGAACGACAAUGCUCCAGACGUGGUUUUUACUUCGGUGUCCAGUUCUGUAACUGAGGACGCAGAACCCUGGACGGUGAUCACUCUGUUCAAAACACAUGAUACAGAUUCGAGAGAAAAUGGGGAGGUUACAUGCCUCAUAAACGAAAGAGUUCCUUUUAGAAUCGAAUUUUCCGCCAAUAAUUACUAUAAGCUUGUAACAGAUGGGACCCUGGAUUGGGAGCGGAUCCCGGAGUACAACGUCACCAUCACUGCCACUGACAGGGGCAAGCCUCCUCUCUCAUCCAGCACAAGCGUCACCCUACGCAUUGGUGAAAUCAACGACAAUGCUCCGGUUUUCCACCAGGUCUCCUACGUGGUCCACGUGGCCGAAAACAACCUUCCCGGAGCCUCCAUCGCACAAGUCAGCGCCUCUGACCUGGACCUAGGGCUGAAUGGCCGAGUCUCCUACUCCAUCGUUACCAGUGACUUGGAGCUGCGGGCGUUGUCGUCCUACGUGUCCGUGAGCGCACAGAGCGGGGUGGUGGUCGCGCAGCGCGCCUUCGACCACGAGCAGCUGUGCGCCUUCGAGCUCACGCUGCAGGCCCACGACCAGGGCUCGCCCGCGCUCAGCGCCAACGUGAGCUUGCGCAUGUUGGUGGACGACCUCAAUGACAAUGUGCCGCGGGUGCUGUACCCCGCGCUGGGGCCCGAUGGCUCCGCACUCUUCGAUAUGGUGCCACGCGCUGCAGAGUCCGGCUACCUGGUGACCAAGGUGGUGGCGGUGGACGCAGAUUCGGGACACAACGCUUGGCUGUCCUACCACGUGCUGCAGGCCAUCGAGCCCGGGCUUUUCAGCCUGGGGCUGCAGACGGGCAACCUACUGGUUGCUGUGCGUGACGGAGGACAGCCGCCGCUCUCUGCGCCGCUACACUUCACCUAGUCUUCGCAGACAGCCUACAGGAGGCACUGCCAGACUUCAGUGACGGUCCUGUGCCCUCUGAUUCCCAGGCAAAGCUGCAGAUUUACCUGGUCGUGGCCUUGGCCUUGAUUUCUAUGCUCUUCUUCCUCGCAGUGAUUUUGGUGGUCACCUUGCACCUGCGAUGCUCUUCCAGCACCUCUGCCUGGGGUUGCUUUCACCCUGGUCUCUGUUCUAAGACUAGA